AUGAUCGAUUCAUGUAUAAGAAAGUUAUAUACAGGUGUUGCGGCAUUUCAUCUGUUUGUUGAAACCAACGGUAACUUCCUUCAGAUAACGGAUUGUGAUUCCAGACAUACACACGAUGGAAAGGUGAUCCCUAGAGUGCUCCCUUCAGUUACCUUUGUUGGCGUCGCUGCUCUUGAUCCAGAUCCCGAAUUUGCAAUGACUUUUAAGAACCUAUUCGACAAUGCUUCCUUUCGUUCAUUUGUCGAACUUCAGGAACAGUUCACUCGAUUUGACGAAAUAACCGGCGCGUGCUAUAUUCGACGUCACACCACAAAGCUCCCUCAUAAUCAUAUAGAUCGUGGAACCUGUGUCUACCGACGUCUAACACUCGAAUGUAAACACUCCGGUACCUUCAGAAGUCGUUCUACACACGGCGUAUCCCGGAAGUCGAAGAUGAUCAACUGCCCAUCACGGAUAAACUUUAUCUACGAGAAUGGCGUCCUAAAGCUUCUCAACUACAACCUUCGUCAUAAUCAUCUUCUCUCUCCAGCUGCAAUUCCCAGAGAUGAGCCUCUUAAUACCGUUUCCAAACGGCGUUUCCAUUUGUGUCGUCCAAGUAGUAAGCGCCGAAACUUAACAGGAGUUCAUUCGGAUGUAGAUAAACAUGAAGACAACGUUCCACCUGAACCGACUUCGGAUACCAUUUGGCACACGGGACAGGCCUUAGUUUCUGGAAGUUCAAGCCAAAUCAAUCCCUUUGUGAGGGUUUCUUCUGAAAUGCCGCUGCACUCAAGCAAACUGCGUCAGCUGAUGUCUGAAAUGAGGGAUAGGUCGUGUUGA